ACUGGAACUGUCACUAUGCUUAAUCGGUCAUACAAUAAUAGUCAGUUAAAAAAUAUUCAUUACGAGAACGACAUACAUUACACUUUACAGAUGUGUCAAUGGUUAUUGAAACCUAUCGGAGUGUGGCCUUUCGUUUACGAUCGAACUAGCAGACUUGAGCAGCUUAUUUCCAUUGUUCUAAUGGCUACGUGCUUCUCCAGUUUGUUAUUCAUCAUCCUACCAUCCGGUCAUCAUAUUUUCUUCGUAGAAAAAGAUAUGCACCUCAAAGUAAAAUUGCUCGGUCCAGUUGGAUUCUGUUUAUCAUCCACAAUUAAAUAUUGUUAUCUUGGUGUGAAAGGUGUAUUUUUUGAACAAUGUAUCAAACAUGUUGAAAAAGAUUGGAAAAUGGUACAAGAUCCAAGUUAUCGAAUAAUCAUGUUAAAAUAUGCUACUAUCAGCAGAAAACUCAUAAUUAUGUGUGCCGUUUUUUUAUAUACUGGUGGAAUGUCAUAUCAUACUGUAAUGCAAUUUUUGUCAAAAGAGAAAGUUAAUAAUAAUUACACAUUUAAACCAUUGACUUAUUUAGGCUAUGAUCCAUUUUUCGAUACUCAAUCUAGUCCUACAUACGAAAUCGUAUUCUGCAUGCAUUGUUUCGCCGCCAUGAUCAUGUAUAGCGUCACAACGGUUGCAUAUAGUUUAGCGGCGAUUUUUGUCACUCAUAUCUGUGGACAAAUUCAAAUACAAACAACAAGAUUACAGAAUUUAGUAGAAAACAAGAACAGAAAGAAUGACUGUGAUCCUUUUGCUCUUAUUGUUCAUGAUCAUGUAGAAAUUUUAAGAUUUUCGAAAAAUGUAGAAGAAGCUUUACGUGAGAUAUGUUUGGCAGAAAUUAUUGAAUCUACAAUAAUUAUGUGUUUGCUUGAAUAUUAUUGUAUGACAGAAUGGCAAAAUAACGAUGCAAUUGCAAUAUUAACCUAUUUUACUUUGUUGAUUUCUUUUACAUUUAACAUAUUUAUAUUUUGCUAUAUAGGCGAAAUUCUUUCUGAACAGUGUAGCCAAAUUGGUACAAUUUCUUAUGAAAUUAAUUGGUACAAAUUACCUGCUAAAAAAGCUCAUGAUCUUAUUCUACUGAUUUCCAUAUCGCAAUAUCCUCCAAAACUUACAGCUGGAAAAAUAAUUGAUUUAUCUUUCAACACAUUUAGCUCUGUAGUAAAAACAUCGGUAAUUUAUUUGAAUUUACUUCGAACAGUUACGGAUUAAUAACAGAAUUAUUAAAAUUAAUAUAAUA